GGGGGCUCCACGUGAAUGAGGAACCGCAUCUCCAAAUCGUGGCUGUAUGAACUCCACCUCACCACCGAUGGCCCUGCCACCACGGGGGCAGAGGUGACCAUCACAGCCAGCCUGGUGGCCAGUGACAAUGGAAGCCUGGUCCUGCCCACCAGCACCCGCCCCUACCACUUCCACUGGAUCCAUACCCCACUGCUGCUCACGGGGAAGACUGAUGAGGCUUUCAGCUCCACCAUCCGCGCCGUGGGGACCAUGCCCGGGGACUUCCCAGUCUCCGUCUGGGUCACCGCUGCUGACUGCUGGAUGUGCCAGCCUGUGGCGAGGAGCCUCCUUGUCCUCCCCAUCACAGAGCUCCUCGUGGGGAACCUCGUUGUCACCCAGAACACCUCCCUGCCCUGGCCCAGCUCUUACCUCACCAAGACAGUCCUUAAAGUUUCCUUCCUCCUCCACGACCCGAGCAACUUCUUCAAGACGGCCUCAUUUCUCUACAACUGGGACUUCGGAGAUGGCACCCAGAUGGUGACGGAAGAUGCUAUGGUCUAUUACAACUAUUCCAUCAUUGGAACCUUCACCGUGAAGCUCAAGGUGGUGGCCGAGUGGGAACAGGCAACGCAGAACGCUGGGAAGGGCAUUAUGCAGAAGACAGGCGACUUCUCUGCCUCGCUGAAGCUGCAGGAGACCCUUCGAGGCAUCCAGGUCUUGGGGCCCACCCUAAUUCAGACCUUCCAAAAGAUGACAGUGACCUUGAACUUCCUGGGGAGGUGAGUGAACCCCAGGGUG